AUGCCGAGCAGAAAUACGAAGAGUGUCAACAAAGCAGCUGCUUGUGAUAAGGAAGGCGUUAAUGUAGUAUGUGACGGUUGUUCGGUGUCGUUCUUGGUUCCAGGCAUGUCUGAUGAAGCACUUACUUCAAUUACAGCAUUCAGUUGCGUAAGAAUUUUUUGUGUUGCAUGUUCUGGCUCAUCACCUAUCGAGAGAAUUGUCUCCGAAAAAAUUGAAGCUGGCAACUCAGCAGUAUUUGAUGAGAUGAAAAAAAUUGAAAAAUUGAAUAUGGAUAUUAAACAGCAGAUUGACGCCAUCAAAACUAUUAUUGAUGAGGGUGAUGGUAAACUUUCGAGAAUGGAUGCUUUUGGGUCAAAGUUAUGUGAUGAAAUAUUGGUUUUAAAGCGUGAAAUGAACAGAUCUUUUUCGGAAGUUGUCAAAUCUGAAGUUGGCAGAGGUGUGCAAGCAAUCAAUAAUGAUUCGAAAAGUGUUCAAAUAACGCUGAACAAAAGAGAGGGAAGCCAACAUGAUGCUAUUCGGAUUGAAGAAAGGAUGAAAACUUUAGAUGAUAGUUUGAAAAACAUUCGGUUAAGUCAUAACCUUACAAUUCAACAAAGAAGCGACUUGAAAAAAUUACUUGAUGAUGCCAAGAAGAAGGAAGAGAGUUGCAAAGAGGGUUUUUUAUAUCGAGUCAGAGGGGAGGUCGGGAAAUGGAAGAUAGUUCAGUUUUUUGCAAAGAAAGACUCGAAGUCAAUUAUGAAGAAGGUUGACACUGUUCAUGGGCUGAUUUGUGAUGGUUUAGAUGUCAUGGUGCUGACAGAAACUUGGCAUGGAUUGGAUGGUAAUUUUGCAAUUGGUUUGGCAAAGCCGCCUGGGUUUCAGUUUGUUGAUUAUAUUAGAGAGCAUGAUCCGGGUCAUGGUGGUUUGAUAGUUUACUUUCGCAAAGAGUUCAAAUUUAAAAAGUUAACUCUGUCAUUGAUUAGUACGUUUGAAGCUAUCGCAAUCAGAUUGUCAAUAUAUAAAAGCGUAUUCAUCUUGCUAGCUAUGUACAGACCCGGCUCAGCUCCAAUAACAGUUUUGUUUUAUGAUGAACCAGUUUCAAUCUUGGAGUACUUAACAAUUUUAAACUCAGACAUUUUAUUGAUGGGUGACUUAAAUUUGCAUGUUGAGAGAACUGCUGAUCCCCAAUCUAUUCGUUUAAAAGAAAUAUUUGAUAUAUUUCAAUUAGUAAAUCAUGUCAACGUUCCUACACAUAUUCUAGGAGGUACAUUGGAUUUAGUUGUCAGUUCACAUGUCUUUCCAGUACUUAAUGCUAAGAUCUAUCUUAGUGGAAUAAUAUCGGAUCACAGUUUCAUAAAAAUAGAAACAAUGAUUGUUCGGCCAGCCCCUAAAACAGCGAUGAAAUCAGUUAGGUCAUGGAAAAGAGUAGAUGAGGAAAAAUUCAUUGGUGCUAUUUUAACUUCACCAGUAUCUAAACCAUGCUGUAAUGAUGAUGUCGAAAAGUAA